UGCGCGCGCAGGUCCCGCGGCCGGGGUUGACACUUCCGGGUGGGACCCGAGUGCGGCGGCGGGCCCGGGGCUGGCGCUUCGCGCAGCAACCAUGGCGUAUACCGGCCUCACGGUCCCUCUCAUCGUGAUGAGCGUGUUCUGGGGCAUCGUCGGCUUCCUGGUGCCCUGGUUCAUCCCUAAGGGUCCCAACCGGGGAGUUAUCAUCACUAUGUUGGUGACCUGUUCAGUUUGCUGCUAUCUCUUUUGGCUGAUUGCAAUUCUGGCCCAACUCAACCCUCUCUUUGGACCACAGUUGAAAAAUGAAACCAUCUGGUACCUCAAGUAUCAUUGGCCUUGAGGAAGAAGACCUGCUCACUGGUACUCAGUCAUUGAGGUCAUGGAGACAACUCCUCUAGAUGUAAAAUCACCUCCAUACCCAGACCACCUCCUUGACGUGCCCGCUGUGGCCAUCAACUGCCUUAAACAUUCACCCACAUUUGAAUAUCUUUUUCUACAAUGCAGUAUUUUUUUCCUGUCACCUUUUUUACACUUUGAAUGAUGUGCCUCUUUAAGCUAAACUGUGCUGCCUCUGUAAAAUCUUUAUGUACUCUUCUGAGUUGGAAAGUGCUGGUCUUCUGAGAAGUAAUGUUACUCUCUCCUUGGAACUGAUGGAUUUGAAGAUGGCUCCUGCCUGCUCACAACAUGAGAAUCAGCGGAGUGUUUAAAAGACUGUUACAUGACAAUACGUCUGCAGUGGGGCAGUCAGUAGGAGAACAUGUUUUCCAGGGAAAAUCUGACCCACAGAAUUAUACCAAAGUAUUUUCGGGUUGAAUUUCUUAUUUCUGCCAUCUGUUUGGAAUAAAUUAUUUUUCUGCUUUCUAUGUAAA